GGGCAGCACAGUCACGAAGUGCAGGCACUGACAGCCAGCUAAAAUUAUAAUCUUCACAGACUACUACAAUGGCUGAAGCACUGGACAUUGAAAGAUGUGAUUUGGAGUGUAAAUGUAACAAUGCAGAGCACCACACUGACCUUAACGGGGUGGAUCGCCUGAUAAUUCGGAGGGGACAGCCAUUCACCCUCACCCUGCACCUUCGAUCUGGAACCUUCCAGCCUGGAGUCAGCACCUUCAGGCUUAUCGCUGAGACAGGGCCAUCCCCCUCAGAGGAAUGGGGCACUAAGGCCACUUUUAGUCUGAGUGGCUCCAUAGACAAAAAAACUUGGAGUACAUCUGUGUCCUUUUCCCUUGGAAAAAUUGUCUCCCUGUCCAUCUGCUCGGCCCCCGAUGCUCCCAUUGGCCGAUACUCUCUGACUUUGGACCAGGGCACCGAGAUCAGCCUGGGAGAGUUUGUGCUGCUCUUCAACCCCUGGUGCCGAAGAGAUGCUGUAUUUAUGGAUGAUGAAGAGAAACGGAAGGAGUACAUCCUGUCCCAGGAUGGUCUUAUUUACAGAGGAACUCCUAAACACAUUGGUGAUACCCCAUGGAACUUUGCCCAGUUUGAACCAGGGAUCCUGGACACCUGCCUGAGAAUCCUGGAUGAGAACCCCAAAUAUCUGAAGAACCCAUCAAAGGACUGCUCAGGCAGAAGGAACCCUGUGUAUGUGACCAGAGUCCUGAGUGCAAUGAUCAACUGCGACGAUGACAGAGGGAUACUCAUGGGAAAUUGGUCAGGUAACUAUGAUGAUGGCACGCCCCCCUCACAGUGGAGCAGCAGUGUGGAGAUUCUGCGUGAGUGGCAGGCCAGUUCCUGUCGGCCGGUUUGUUACGGACAGUGCUGGGUCUUUGCUGCAGUGGCUUGCACAGUGUCCCGAGCACUAGGCAUCCCCUGUCGAGUGGUCACUAACUUUGAGUCAGCUCAUGACAGCAACAGCAACCUGGUGAUUGAAUUCAUCUAUGAUGAAAACGUAGAGGAUUUAUCUGAGGAUUCAGUAUGGAACUUUCAUGUGUGGGUGGAGAGCUGGAUGGCACGGCCCGAUCUCAAACCUGAGUUUAAUGGCUGGCAAGUCUGUGACCCAACACCCCAGGAGAAAAGUGAUGGAGUGUACUGCUGUGGCCCUGUGCCCGUGAAAGCCAUCAAAGAGGGUGAGCUCACUAUUAAGUACGACGCUCCCUUUGUGUUUGCGGAGGUCAACGCCGAUGUGGAGAAAUACUUGAUGUUCAGGGACGGCCAAAAAGUCAGAAUUGGAGGAUCAACUACUUAUGUGGGACAGUUUAUCAGCACUAAGAGUGUGGGCAAAGAUGCGAGGGAGGACAUCACACACCUCUACAAGUACCCUGAAGGUUCAGAGAAGGAGCGAGAGGUUUUCCAGAAAGCCAAUCACCACAACAAGCUGAAGGAGCUGGGCUUGGAGCCAGGCCUGCAAAUCAAGAUCAAGGUGUCUGAGGACAUGAGGAGAGGCUGUGACUUUGACGUGUUUGCCGUGGUCACCAACAACACCCCUGUCUCCAAGACAUGCCGACUUACGUUUUAUGGUAGGGCUGUCUCCUAUGAUGGAAAAUUAGGCAGCUCCUGUGGACUGAUGGUAAUGUCUGACCUGCAGCUUUCAUCCGGAGAAGUGAAGCAGUUGCCCCUUAGGCUCUGCUACUCGGACUACGGUGAGCAUAUUACCCAGGAUGCCAUGAUCCGGCUGAUUGCUCUCCUCAUUGAUAGUGGCUCCAAAGAGAUUUUCAAUGCAUCAAGGACAAUCGUUCUGGAGAAUCCAGAGAUUACCAUCAGGAUCUUGGGAGAACCCAAAGAGAACUGUCAGUUGGCAGCAGAGAUCUCCCUGCAGAACCCUCUCCCUGAACCCCUGGAGAACUGCACCUUCACUGUAGAGGGAGCCAAUCUGACGGGUGGGAAGACCAUCACAGAAACGAUUGGAUCAGUGGGGCCAAAACAAACCGCCACAGUUAAAAUAUACUUUACCCCAACCUGUGCAGGAACGAGGAAGUUGUUGGUCAACUUCAAUAGCGACAAGCUGUGUAAUAUCAAGGGAUACAAGAGCAUUGAUGUUGGAAAAUAAACAUGCUGUGUUGUUUUGUGUUGUGUUUCCGGCACGACUCUUUAUAUAAGGUUUCAGGUUGCCAGUCUUUCUAAUCUAGUAUCAGCUCUCAAAGUCAAAAAUGGCUGAAUCCUUCAUGUCCUUGAGUUGAUCCUCAGCAGAAAAUUCUCUGUCUGUGAGGGUCAUCAGCAUCUCGUUUGAGUUCAGUGACAAUUACAAUUAAGUGUCACUUGCCCACUUUCUGUAUUUAUGUUUAAUAUAAGCCUCAUUUUGCAUUGCAUUGGCAUAAAUGUGAAACUCUGAUAUGCUCACCUCUGAAUCCCACAUUGUACAUUAAUUUAAGUAAUACAAACCUUUAGAUACAAUCAAACUUACCAAGUCAUGUUAGCGGGAAAAUGCUAUCUGAUGUUGGUUUACUCUGUAAGAGUUUUUGUUUUGAUUUAAUGGUCCUUGACUAUGACCUGAUGAAACUUGUUUGAAUCCAGGGGUUUAGUAAUUAAACUCUUAAUGGCCGCAAGCUAACUUGCACCUGCUACACCUGAGAUAAACACAUCAAGUGCCUUUUCCUCCAAGUUCUGGAGAAUUCAGAUGUCGAGUAAGAACCUGACAGCUCAUUUUUUGGUAAAAGGUGGGGUGAAGGUGGUGUUGUUGAUUAAUGUAUAUAUGUUUCCUGCAUUUACUGUUCAGCUGACUUCAGAGAAGUUCUCUAAUUAACUGAUAAAAUGUAAAGUUAGCAUACAAAUGAAAAAUAGAAAAUGAGGUUGAGUCUCACCAGUAUAGUUAUCAACUGUAAUCAGAGUCGGCCCUGACCAAUUUGGUGCCCUAGGCAAGAUUUUAGCUGGUGCCCCUUGCA